GUGGGAUCUCUGUGGUGAGGAUACAGCGUGGUAAGCAACGUCAUUCAUCUGAUGGCACAGAUCUAUCUCAUUUUGUGUCAUGAUUCAUCUGUUCUCUCAGGUGGUCAUGUGGUCAUGACCAUGAGAUAGAUGGACUCAUUGACCUGUGAGGCGUCUCGUGCGUGAGAAGGGUCCAUUGCACCGACCUGCAGAGCACCGUAUGUCUGGUGCGUCUGUGGUUUCUCGUCUUCCCAGUACGGUCUUCUCUGUGUGCAGCUGCCGCUGCAAAUGAGGCCGCCUGUGCCAACGACGGCAGGUCGAAGAAGCGCAAGCGUCGGGCGGCCGAGGAGGAGUGAGACGAAGAGGAAUACGGUAAGGUCUACCUCUGCACACACUGCACUGCACUGCGUUGGUCGGCUUCCCCUCCCUCCCUGUGUGUGACUUGAUCAAUACGCAGCAACGCGCCUCGUGUGUGCGUCUGUGUGUGUGGGUGUCAGAUGACGAAUACCAUGGUCAGGAGGGCUACGAGGGCUACGAGUAUGAGGACUCGCCAGGUGAGUGACAAACGAUGGGAGGGAUGGAUGGAUGGAGGGAGGGAGGGAGGGAGGGAGGGAGCGUGGUGCUCAUCCGUUGUGUGUGUGUGUGCAGGUGGCGUGUUGUGUGUGGGGCUGCGAGGAGCACCACCACAGCAUUACUGCAAGCUGUGUGGUGACGAGAACUCCGACCACUUCGCCAGCGAGUCCCCCUAUGGCGUCACCCUCUACCAUCAGCACGCGCCGUGGCAUCCUCAGGGCAAAUGCCUCGCCGCUCCACCGGCAUCGUCGGCGGCGGCAUCUACCUGUGAGGAGACCACACGAACAUUGCCACCCACAGCCGCACACAUGCAUGUCUGUGUCUGUGUGUGUGGCUGGCGCGUCCCUAGGGCGUCAUCCCCACAGCAGACCGACCGUAAGGCUCAUCAGAGGGGCUGCAUGGUGGUGGCGCGUGUGUACCUGGACAAGGUCUGCGCCUGACCCCCGGCCAGGCACCCACCCUGACAGCACCACCACCUACACGCGGCUGUAGUGUAGCAGGCGGGCUACGGCUCGGUGCAGCUGGCCAUGCGGUCACUUUGGUGGGGGAAGGGCCCUAUCUGUAUGUGGGCAUUUUGGAGUGAG